CCGAGCGUCCAGUCAAGCACAAAAUCGAGAUAAUAGAAGGGAGUAUUCCUCCAAAGGGCUGCGUCUAUCGUAUGGGACAAGGCGAGUUGGAGGAGCUGCGGAGACAGAUCGAUGACAUGAUUGACCGUGGAUGGAUUAGGCCUAGUGAGUCUGAGUUUGGUGCCCCUGUCCUGUUUGUACCGAAGAAAGGAGGCAAGCUCCGAAUGUGCAUUGACUGUCGUGGCUUGAACCGAAUCACUAGAAAGAAUGCGUACCCUUUGCCUCGCAUAGAUGAUCUGUUGGAUGCGGCCGGUGGUUGCAAGGUCUUCUCCAAAAUUGACCUAAAGUCUGGCUACCAACAGAUUGAAGUCGAUCCGAGUGACCAGCACAAAACCGCGUUCAAGACACGCGAUGGGCUGUACGAAUUUAUCGUUAUGCCCUUCGGCCUUACGAACGCACCAGCCACAUUUCAGUCCCUCAUGGACAAGGUACUYCGCCACCAACUUAACAGGUUUGUGGUUGUGUAUCUUGAUGACAUUCUGAUUUUCAGCAAGUCCAUGGAGGAGCACGUCAAGCAUCUUGAGGAGGUCUUGCAAGUCCUCAAAGAUGCUCAACUGCACCUCAACUUGGAGAAAUCUGAGUUUGGCAGGGACAGCGUCAUCUAUCUUGGGCACCGGUUGUCUGUGACCGGCCUUGAGCCGGAGGCAACCAAGGUUGAGGUCAUCCGCAACUGGCCUCAACCGGCAAAUGUACGCGAGCUGCGUUCUUUUCUCGGGUUGGCUUCUUACUACCAGAAGUUUGUGCCUAAAUUCUCUGUCAUUGCUCAUCCACUCUCACGCCUGACUAGUAAAAAUGUUGUCUACGCAUGGUGUGAAAAGUGUGAGACUGCGUUCCAAGCCUUGAAAGAGGCUUUGGUGAGUCAUCCUGUGCUCCGCAUUGCGGAUCCCAACCUCACGUUCGUAGUCACUACGGACGCGAGCCAGUUUGGGAUUGGUGCAGUGCUGCAACAAGAUGAUGGCGAUGGCCUGCAUCCGCUUGAAUAUUACAGCAAACGCAUGCCCAGCCACAAGAGAACCAAGGUCCACAGGCAUAAGCCUUAUGGCCUGCUGAGACCUCUCCCAAUCCCUGAUGGCCCUGGGGAAUCAGUCUCUAUCGAUUUCACGGACAUGGGGAAGGUGAGUACGGCAGGGAAUUCACAAGUCAUGGUCAUUGUGGAUCGCUUCUCUAAAUUUCUGAAUCUGAUUCCUCUACCUCCUCAUGCACCGACUGAACUGGUGAUCGAAGAGUUUCACCAGCAGUACAUUCUGCAGUAUGGCCCCCAGAAAACUCUUGUGAGUGAUCGAGACACCAGAUUCAUCAGCAAGGAUUGGAAGGACUUCACUGCCCAGAUCUAUGACAUCAAACUGAACAUGACUUCUGGCCGACACCCCGAAGCCAAUGGAUUGGCUGCCUGCAAUGAUGUUUCCCUCCAAAAGGGAGGAGGUACCGGUUGCCUGGGAGGCCGCUUGGCCUGGAAAGUCACCGCCCAGGAGGCCGGUAGGCCACUAUAUCUUCAGGAAGAGCGGAAGGCUCUUCCUCAUUUGUGGUAUGCAAGGAUUGGCGACAUGCUGCUGGAGCACAACGCUGGUCUGAGGCAGCGCUGCUUGGAGGUGAAGGUCCGCUGGGGCUCAGCCUGGCUAUGGCGAGCACCCCAGCUUGAAGGAGGAAGAAGGGGGACAUGGUAGGAGAGUGGUAGGGCACUUACCUGGCUAUGGUGGACACCGUCU